AUGAAUGCCUUCAAUGUUGAGUCAGAAGCAUCUCCACUCCCAGCAAUAGCUUUGGAGUCAACUAUCGAAGGGAUCUUAGAGACCGAAACACAGGGACCCUCAGCACCAUCAUCGAACUUGACCGGACAAUCGCAAACGACGACCAUCUCUGAAUGGGGUGUGGACCUUCCCAUGUCUGAACAUUCACAGGACAAUACGUUUGAAGGCACAGGGGGAGUCGAUGAUUAUGACGUCUUUGAUGAUUUUCUUUGCGCCGGGGAGACCGAGGACCAUGAUUUUUUUGAUGGAUUUCUUUGCACAGGAGAGCCUGAAGGUCCCAACAUGUUUGACCAGCCUCUGUUCUAUAGAGGGCAGCUCGAGCUGGCUCGUGGUACGGAUUCAUGGUUUGGCAAUCUCAACAAAUUUCCGGGUGGAGUCUGCGGUGAAGGGUUGACAAUCCAAGUAGAGACUUGCAAAGUGAAGGUGUGA